UGACACAUGGCUACAAAAAAAUGUUGGAAUGUUUCUCAAAUAAUAUAUAGGGGAUUCAUAAGAGGACUUUACUUAUAACAGCUCUUUAUUUCUUUUCCAUGUUUAUAAAUAACAAAAAAAAAAAAAAUCGCAAAGAGCUAAUGCAAUGACCGUGAUACGUGAAAGUUAGAAUUAUAGCUACGUGAUCGAGACACAAUGCCUUCAUUUCAGGUCGACACCGUAGGUAUCUAGAUACCUACAUGGAUGUCGAGUAUAUUUCUCUCGCCUUUGUGAUCCAUCCUCGAGAAAAUUUUAUCCUCGUCUUUCCAACGGCAAGGACAUGAGUUCAGGAUCCUUAGUAUUGUCCAUUCCAUGAAGAGGAGUUUGAAAUGUUCAGCUUAUUGGAACAUAAACUCAUUACACACUUAACCAAAAAAAUAGAAGCAGAUGAAUGUUGUAGGACGCCCAAUUCACUAUUUGAUUUUCCUAUCAAAGACUAGGAUUUGAAUCAAGAAUCUGCAGUUCAAUAAACCAAACAUUUUGCUUUAAGCAAAAGUUGAGACUUUGUGUGCCUUCCAGAACAAAUGGACACGGUGGAGCCCUGGAAGGAACAAUAUCAUUGAUUCGUUCUAACGCAUCUUCGAUCAGAUUCCUACAAACCAAGAUAUCCAAUUCCAUCCUCUUGUCCACCGUAUCUGUCAAUAGCUUGGCAUUGAGCUCACUGACUGAGACGAAAUCCAAGGAGCAAGCUAUUUCUGACUUAAACAUAACAAAAUUCAGAGAAAAAGACAUACGUAAUAUCUGUAAAUCUUCCCAUCUUGGCAUCGACAGCUGUUAAAGACAAUUCCAAGAAAUCAAGAAUCUGCAGUUCAUAUAACACCAACUCACAAUUUUUUUUAAAAAAAUAUAUCCACAUCCUUCCAGGUCUCGUACAUAAACAUCACAGUCUCAAUAAAUCAUAUCCAAAGAAAGACACCUCCUUUCAGAAAAAUACAAAACGAUGUACUCAUGUGGGUCAUCUAUCAAAAUGCCUCAUUUUGGUUCCCAUUUGGCCAUACGAUGUUACCUAAAAAAAGCAAGAAUAUGGUCAUAAUAAAAUUAAGAAAUGAAUUCCUUCAUUUGAGGUUGGCAACGUACGAAUCGUGUGAACUAAGUCACACGUCUGAACUUUUACAUUUUCGUCGGCCCUCUUGUCGCCGCAAAUAAGUCUCAACCUUCAACUCUUCUCUUUUCUCCUUACAAAGUGUAAACAUUGUAUUCCACAAACUGCACUUUUGAAACAAAUUUUGUAAAAAGGCACUUUAAAACAAUAAACCAUAUAUAUAAACAGCAUAAAUCUGUUCAGUAUCCAAAUCCCUCUGAGUCUCUUACAUAAACAUCAAUCCCAACGAAUCAUCUAUGAAAAAACCCCUUUGAGAAAAAUAAUCCAAAACAAUGUAUUCUUCAUCGUCUGUACUAAAACGCCUCAUUUUGAUCAAUUUCUUAGCCAUACAACUACUCCUUAUAAGCAGCGAAUUGCCCUUAAACACGACCAAUGAGUAUCUCAACCACAAAUGCUUGGUUAGUGAAGGAAAAUACAAGCCGGGAAGUGAAUACGAGAGACAUUUAAAUAAUAUCAUCAAAAUGUUCUACAGUGGCAGUUACAGAGGUUUCUACCUGUCCGGUAUGAAUAAUGAUAACGCUAUCCUCCAGUGCCGCGCCGAUUCCUACGGGACCAAGUGCCACGACUGCUUUGCUACCGCCCUCGCUAAGCUUCGUAGGAAAUGUCCGUGGUACAAGGGCAUGAUAAUUUGGUAUGACCAAUGUCUUCUUGCCAUUACUACUACAGAUGCUAUUGGGAAGAUCGAUUACGACAAUAACUUUUGUAUGUCCAAUGCGAAGAAGUUAGGAGGAGAUAAGAGCGCUUUUACAAGGACUUGGAAAACUCUCAUGGACAAUCUGACAACUUUAGCUACCACCACUAGAGGUAAAGAUGAGUACACAAUGUUCUCUGCGGGGGAGACGUUGUACAAGGGUGAUAAGAUGUAUGGAAUGGUGCAGUGUACAUAUGACUUAUCACUAAGAGCUUGUAAGGAGUGUUUGGUUUUUAAUAGCGUGCGUUUUCAAGAUUGCUUGAGUGAUACACGAGGAGCGAGAUUUGUGGGUGGGACCUGUACUUUUAGGUUUGAGUUUUACCCUUUUCUUUCUAAGCCAGUCCUAAAUAUUUAAUAGCUAAAUAAAUGUUAUACUUUUUGUUUAAAUUUUUUCAGUCCAAAUUUUAUGUAACAUCAAGUGCUACUCUUUUCUAAUGAAUGUUUAAAGAAUAAAAAACAAAAUAAUGUUUGAAUAAAAGAAUGCAAACCUAUUUUGUUGCUUUAGGCUUCAACAAUGUGCUCUCUCCCAUUUCUUUGACAGAGAUCAGUCUAUUUCUUAUGGUUUUAGCAGUUAUAAAAUCCAGAAGAACAAUUCGUAACCAGAUCACUGAAGAACAGAGCUAUAUAUGGUUUCUUAAGAAUUACAGCAAAUUAGAUGAAGAUAAAAAGAUGGAAAGUUUUUGAAGUUUUCAGAUAUCGUUACGUCGCCUGCCUUUGCCGCCAUCAGCGCCGAGAUCUGCCUCAGACUUCUUCUCUGAUCCUAGCGACUCACAUCCUCUAUGGACUAUGGUUCAAGCCCUCCCUCUUCCUUUCUUGCAUCAACUCCUGGUUCUAUAUCUUAGAGUUCUGUAUCCCUUUUGGAAUUCAACUCUUAGCCUAUGUUAAAUAAAUUUGACAUUCAUAUAAAAAAUGUUUAUUGAUUGUGUAGUCGUAUGUAAAUAGGUUCUUUCACUUAGUAAUCUGUUGCACAGACAUUUGUUUGUGAUAGUUUGGACUUUGGAUUCCAGUUUUAAAAUUGUAGCGUUGAACUCAUUUUAACCUAUUUAUUAAUAUCAGUAAAUAAAGUUUCGGUUUUCAUAUUGUGUCGCACUUUACUUCAACAAUUAAUAAUCGACCAAUGCAGAAAUCACGAAACAAAACUAUUUCUGGAUAGAGGUUGUUUACUAUAUAUUAUACUAGGGUCGGACCCGCCCUACGGGCGGAUAUGCAAAUGAACGAAAGAAUAUAAAUAUAUUUUAAAUUUUAAUAAAUUCUCAGUUUAUUUUAAAUUAUAAUUUUCACUAUUUUUACUACAUAUUUUACCAUUUCUUCUUUUUUUAUAAAUUAUAUAUUUGUUACUAUAAUAAAAAAUGUAUAAAGAAAUAUAAGUAAGCUAUAUCUCUUAUUCCAAAAUAAAUUUCAUAAGGAAGCAAAUAGAAAAACUUUUAAAAGUGUUGUAUGAAUACACUAAAAAUUUCUAUGUUUUUUUUUUGUAAUACCUCUAUGAAAAAUAUUACUAUUUACUAUAUCAUUUGUUAAACAAUAAACAUAAAACAAUAUAUUGCAAUCUAAUUAUAGUUAAAAUAUAGUUAUGGAUUAAAACUCAGUGUAAAAUGAUAAUUAAGAUAUUCUGAAUAGAUAUGCACAACUUAUUUAAUUUUUUAUUAUUAAAUUUUAUUUUGUUUUAAAAUUACUAUCUUUUCAAAAUACCAAUCAGGUUAUUACAUUGUUAUUAAAAAUAAAAUUUUAUAUAUUUUCUAACUUAAUCUUUUAUUUUUAUAUUUCGUUUACAAUGUCAAGCACUAAUGUAUCAGUUUAAGGAUUUAUGUGAAUUUUGAGUAUAUCUUCAGUCCAACAUUAUGAUCCAAAAGCAUUAUCUUCUUUUUUUAUCUCCAGUAAAAACAUUCAACAAUCUUGAAUAAAUAUCACAAAUUAAAAAUAUAAAAUUUAUUUUUUUAUAACAUCUAUGUUUAUGCAAUCGAGAAUACAUGAUCUUCAUGAAGAAAGACUAGUGAUAUAUUGUGAUACAUGAUAAUGAAAUUUAAAAGAAUUGUCUAAAGGCCUAGUAGUUUCUAAUCAAUCUGCUACUUUGUCUGCCUCCCUUUUAGUCCAUCAGAAUGAAACUGCUUCAAACUUAGUCGACCACCAUUUGAUCUCCCUCGUUCAAAGAGUAGCAUUUUGUUGUUUAAUACGUCAACAGCUUUUUUACUGUCUCCCUCCGUGAUAAUUGUUUUUUGGAUCCGAGAGCCCAACAAUGUUGUAAUGCCAUCAAAAGGGCUUGUAUUACGAAAGGGUUUUGUACCUUCCUUCCCACUGCUUGAGAGCAUCCUUUAUAGUUACCUUCACUGUUAAUACACUGUCACGUAAAACCCACCCUGCAGUUCCAUUAGAUUUUCAUCGAGAAAAGACCCAUCAGUGUUGCAUUUGAUCCAGUCUCGAGGAGACAGAAUCCAAUGAUUUUGUCGCUGCACCUUAGCUGUUCUUCUCCUCUGUUGAGGCUCAUCCCCUCCCAUGCUCUCUGCUUGUUUCCAUUCCUUUGCAUCAGAUUUAGCAUAUUGGAGGAGAAAUUUCCAAUGAAGAUUACUUUGUUAACAAUGGGGGUGAUUAGUUGGGAUGUAGGAAGUGACUUUAGCUUUAAUUUUCAUCUACAACCCUAAAUACUACUAAUCAUGCUUUAUCUUGGUUUUUAAAGCUACAACCAAAAAAUUAAAGCUACAGAAAAAACACACAAAAAAUAGAUGUAAACAUCUUAUUUUCUAAAACCCUAUUUUUUAGCUGUAGGAAAUUUUAAAAACUACAUCACUUAAAGCUAAAUCAAAAAUCCUACAGACAAAAUGCUAAAGUAAAUUUUCUACAGUUACAACCCAACCAAUCACGCCCAAUAUAAAUUAUUUCUAAUUCGAUAGCUUUUAAAAAAGAAAAAUAGGCAAGAAAGUGAAUACCUUACAGCGAGAACAAUAAUCCUUUCGCGUUGAUUCUUAUUUUGGCAAUGCUUAAAAGCAAGCUGAGCAAUCUGGAUCACUGUUGUCAAAUUAAACUCUCCAACAUGAAGGCCUCAAAAGACAGUAAAAUUGAUGCCUCCAUCAAAACAACAACAAUUACAAAAUUGCUUUUGAGUAGAGACAUACUGUGCAUACAGGCCAGAAUCUUGUCAAGAUCAGAGGUAGGCGUAGUCUAGACUCUGACUCCUUACCUGCCAUUGUCAAGAUCCCCACAAAUGGAAAGGUGGAAACUUUUUUUACUCAGGUUACGUGAAGAUUCUUGCAAAGUUCAUUCCUUUUCUAAAACCCCAUCAUUAAUAAACAGAUAAAAGAUCGAAUUUGAAGAGGGACAUUUGAAAAAAAAAGAAAUCAAAUUUCACUGAAAAAUGUACAAAAGGGAAAUUAAGGAGAUGGAGAGAACGUACAAUCAACAGAUAAAAUAGUGUUGUUAAUAAAAUUUUCAGAUAUAGUGGUCAUUAGUCAAGAAUAUGUGUGCUUUCAAAAGAAACAGAGGAAGCUGAAGACUACCCAUAUUCUUCUCCAAAUCACUGAAACUCAUUAGAAGAAGACAAUGCUUUUACAUCUUAAAACUUGAUCAGUUGCACCUCGACAAUGGAAGAACAUGUAGGCCAGCCUUCAAAUCAGUGAUUAGGAUAGAUGAGUUAGCCAUUAUAUUGAAAAAGAAAUCUCCAGUGCUAUUAGGGAUUGUGAGGAUGAGGUUCAAGCGAUGAAGCUUACUUUUUUAUAGGUAAAUUUCUACCGCCUUUCUCAGAUAAGAAGCAUUGAAUGUGAAAUGGUUGUUAAUGACAAUGCAUCAAUACUUCUGGUAACGUAUUAGAGAAGAUGAAUCUUAAACUAAACGACACAAACCUAAAUUGAAGCAUUGAUUACUCAGGAAGUUUCAUCUCACUAGGCCUUUCCAAACCGCCAUUGUUGGUUGACAUAUUCAGAGAUUGCAGUAGAGAAUGAACCCUAGAAACCAAUGAUCGACACUCGUGAAGAAGAGAAGGUGAGAAGAGGAUAGGAGCGUGAAAUGAGAUACUUUUUAGUUGAUUUUUAGCCCAAAUAAUGUAAAUCAAAGCCAAUCCAUAAAAAAAAUUCAAGCCAACUUGUAAAAUCAAUACAAAAACCAAAUGAACGAAAUGUGGACUUCCACGAAAUGUACGUCUAUCUAAAUAAAGCCCAAAUCACCUCGAAGCAUGCACAAAACUUAAUGAAACAGAAUGUUUUAAAUCAAAGGACCGUGUCAUGUUUAUAGAAGUCGACUUUAUGACGUGUACCUACAUGGUUUUACCAGAAGAGAUGAAACCCAUUUUUAUAAUAAUAGAUUCCACUGUCUUUCUCAGAUAAGAAGCAUUGGAUGUGAAAUGGUUGUUAAUGGGAAUGCAUCAAUACUUCCGGUAACGUAUUGGAGAAGAUGAAUCUUAGACUAAACGACAAAACUUAAAUUGAAGCAUUGAUUACCAUAAAGUUUCAUCUCACUAAACCUUUCAAAACCGCCAUCUUUGGUUGAAAUAAUCAGAGACUGCAGUAGAGGAUGAACCCUAGAAACCAAUGAUUGACGCUCAUGAACAAGAGACGGUGAGAAGAGGAUAGAAGCGUGAAAUGAGAUACCCUUUCAUUGAUUUUAAGCCCAAAUAGUGUAAAUCAAAUCCCAUCCGUAAAAAAAAUCCAAGCCCACUCGUAAAAUCAAACGAACGAAAUAUAGACUUCCACGAAAUGCACGUCUUUCUAAAUAGAGCCCAAAUCACCCUGAAACACAAAACUUAUUGGAACGGAACGUUUUAAAUCAGAGGACACAUGUCAUGUUUAUGGAAGUCGACUUUAUGACGUGUACCUACGUAGAUUCACCAGGAGAGAUCAAACCCUUUUUAUAAUAAUAGAUUUCACCGCCUUUCUCAGAUAAGAAGCACUGAAUGUGAAAUGGUUGUUAAUGGCAAUGCAUCAAUACUUCCGGUAACGUAUUGGAGAAGACAAAUCUUAGACUAAACGACACGAACCUAAAUUGAAGCAUUGAUUACUCAGGAAGUUUAGUCUCACUAAACCUUUCAAAACCGCCAUCGUUGGUUGACAUAAUCAGAGAUUGCAGUAGAGGAUGAAUCCUAGAAACCAAUGAUCAACGCUCGUGAAGAAGAGAAUGAGAGAAGAGGAUAGGAGCAUGAAAUGAGAUACUUUUUCGUUGAUUUUUAGUCCAAAUAAUGUAAAUCAAAGCCCAUCUAUAAAAAAAAUCCAAGCCCACUCGUAAAAUCAAUA